AUGUGGCUAAAGCUCUCACGGUGGACCACACAGCUCGACGAGAAGGUGAGUGUAAAAGAAAUCAAGGUAGUGUAUGAUUUACAAAGGGUGGAGAUUCAAAGAGGUGCUCAAAGGGUUCAUGGUAUCUUUUUGUUUCAGGAAAUCACUUCUACUGGAAUUAAGAAAGGUGAGUUGUUUAUAGCUGAUGUUAACACUCAGCUGAAAAACAAGAAUAUCACGACUAAUGUCAAAGUUGACACAAACUCUAGGCUCUCCGCAAAUGUUUCAAUCGACGAUCAUGCACCUGGUCUCAAGGCAAUUUUUAAUUUUUUCGUUACCGAUCAAAGGUAUGGAAAGGUAAUUGGUUUUCACCUUUCGUAUCAACAUGAGUACAACAGCAUCAGCACUAGCAUUGGCUUGACAGCAAACCCCGUGGUCAACUUCUCUGGAGUUGUAAAAACACCCCUUCUUUCUCUUGGUACUGAUCUUUCUUGUGACACUGCAUCCGUUAACCUCACCAAAUGCAAUGCUGGAGUGAGCUUCACAAAUGUUGACCUGAUUGCUGCUGUCACUUUGGUUGAUGUGUGUGUUUUUUUCAAUGCUUCUUACUGCCACAUUGACAAUCCCUUGACCAAUACAGUUGUUGGUGCCGAGCUUGCCUAUAGUUUCAGUACAAAUGAGAACACCUCAACCACCGGUACCCAGAAAUCUUUGUUCCCAUUGACUUCUAUCAAGGCUAGGAUCAACAACCAUGGUAAGGCAAGUGCUCUUAUCCAGCAUGAGUGGAAGCCAAAGUCCCUCUUCUCCGUCUUAAUUAACCAACUGACGGUAUGA